AUGAGCCGGCGAGUGAGGAGGCGGGGUUCGCAGUCAAAAGACAAAGAUAAGGUCAUUAUAUCCUCGCCGGUGUUCCCGGAGACAGCGGAGGAGUACGAGAUAUGCCGUCCUGGUGGUGAAAUUUCAGGCUGUCACGAGGUGGAGUGGACUCGCCUCCCCGAUGACACUGUUGUCCAGCUCUUCUCUUGUCUCAGCUACCGCGACCGAGCCUGCCUCUCUUCCACCUGUCGUACUUGGCGCCUCCUUGGCUCGUCACCGUGCCUCUGGAAUUCGCUUGACCUCCGCGCUCAUCGAUGCGACGCUGAUACUGCGAGCGUUCUCGCCUCCCGUUGCACGAGCCUCCGUCGUCUCCGAUUCCGGGGAUCGGAGUCGGCCGCUGCCAUUAUAAAUCUUCACGCCCGUGACUUGCGGGAGAUUGCCGGGGAUUAUUGCCGUGACAUUACAGAUGCUACGCUAUCAGUGAUUGCUGCUCGGCAUGAGGCGCUCGAGAGCCUGCAGAUUGGGCCCGAUCCGUGUGAGAAGAUCAGCAGCGAUGCCAUCCGCCAUGUGGCCAUGUGCUGCUCGAGAUUGAGAAGGUUGCGCCUUUCGGGUGUCAGGGAGAUUGAUGGCCUCGCUAUCGGCGCCUUGGCGAGGCACUGCUCCCGGCUGGAGGAGAUUGCGCUUAUUGACUGUGGGAGCAUCGAUGAGACCGCCCUUGGCAAGUUGGAAUGCCUAAAGUUUCUGUCAAUAGCAGGUUCCCGGAAUUUGAAAUGGGCAUCAGCUGUCACUUCCUGGAGCAAGCUUCCAAACCUUGUUGGAUUGGAUGUUUCUAGGACUGAUGUUCCCUCAAGUGCUCUGUUUAGAAUUUUCUCCUCCUCUAAGAAUUUGAAAGUUUUGUGCGCUCUCAACUGCCUGGCAUUAGAGGAGGAGGUCAAUCUUAACCCGCUGAGCUCUAGCCAUGCCAAGGCAAAGAUAGUCCUCACUCUCUUCACUGAUGUUUCGAAGAGGAUUACGUCUUUAUUUUCUAAUUCUGUAGGGAACGAAACUGAGGUCACUGGGAAUUGGAGGUCUCAGGGAAACAAGGAUAAGCACUUGAAUGACAUCAUAAGCUGGGUGGAAUGGAUACUAUCGCAGUCUUUGCUUCGCAUAGCCGAGAUGAAUCCUACUGGCACGGAUGAUUUUUGGUUGAGGCAGGGGGCUGCAUUAUUGUUGAGUUUGGUGAAUAGUUCUCAGGAAGAUGUACAAGAGAGAGCGGCAGCUGGGCUUGCUGCUUUCGUGGUAAUUGAUGACGAGAACGCUACAGUGGAUCCAGCAAGGGCGGAGGCUGUCAUGAAAAAUGGGGGCAUUCCAUUGCUUUUGGGACUUGCGAGGUCAUGCAGGGAAGGUGUACAGUCUGAAGCUGCGAAGGCUAUUGCAAACUUGUCAGUUAAUGCCAAAGUUGCAAAAGCAGUUGCUGAUGAAGGUGGUAUCAGUAUCCUUGCUAGCCUAGCAAGGUCCACAAACAGGCUGGUUGCUGAAGAAGCUGCUGGAGGGCUCUGGAAUCUUUCAGUUGGAGAAGAGCACAAGACUGCCAUCGCUGAAGCUGGUGGUGUUAAAGCUCUGGUAGAUCUCAUCUUUAAAUGGCCAACCGGGACAGAUGGAGUGCUUGAGCGUGCUGCUGGUGCACUAGCAAAUCUUGCUGCGGAUGACCAAUGUAGCAUGGAAGUAGCAAUGGCAGGUGGCGUGCAUGCUUUGGUGAUGCUUGCAAGGUCAUGCAGGGUUGAAGGAGUGCAAGAGCAGGCCGCUCGUGCCUUAGCUAAUUUGGCUGCUCACGGGGAUAGCAAUAGCAACAAUGCUGCAGUCGGUCAAGAGGCAGGUGCUGUCGAUGCACUAGUGCAACUAACUUGUUCUCCUAACGAAGGUGUAAGGCAAGAAGCUGCUGGCGCUCUGUGGAAUUUAUCUUUUGAUGAUAGAAAUCGAGAGGCAAUUGCUGCGGCUGGGGGUGUUGAAGCACUGGUUACCCUUGCCAAUGCCUGUGCAAAUGCCUCUCAUGGCCUACAAGAAAGGGCUGCUGGAGCUUUGUGGGGAUUGUCAGUGUCAGAAGCCAAUAGUGUUGCAAUUGGACGAGAAGGUGGUGUUGCACCUCUUAUUGCUUUGGCACGCUCGGAUGCUGAAGAUGUUCACGAAACUGCUGCUGGAGCACUUUGGAAUCUUGCAUUUUAUCCUGGCAAUGCUCUUCGUAUAAUUGAAGAGGGGGGUGUUCCCGCUCUUGUACAUCUUUGUUCAUCAUCGGGGUCAAAAAUGGCUCGUUUCAUGGCUGCACUGGCACUUGCUUAUAUGUUUGAUGGAAGGAUGGAUGAGUUUGCAUUGAUUGGUUCUUCAUCAGAAGGGACUUCAAAGAGCGUUAGCUUUGAAGGUGCGAGGAAGAUGGCGCUAAAGCAUAUAGAAGCAUUUGUCCUUUCAUUUUCAGAUCAUCAACUUUUCACCAUGGCCGCUGCGUCCUCUGCUCCAACGGCUUUGGCACAAGUUCUUGAAGUGACUCGCAUACAAGAAGCAGGGCAUCUAAGAUGCAGUGGUGCAGAGAUUGGUCGAUUUGUAGUUAUGCUUCGUAAUUCCUCUAGCAUACUUAGAGCCUGUGCUGCUUUUGCUCUUGUGCAGUUCACUAUUCCUGGCGGAAGGCAUGCGAUGCAUCAUGCUAGUCUCUUGCAGAAAGCUGGGGUGACUAGAGCCUUACGCGGAGCUGCUGCUUCAGCAUCAGCUCCUUUAGAAGCCAAAGUCUUUGCGAGGAUAGUCCUUAGGAAUCUCGAACACCAUCAGUUAGAAGCUUCUGUGUAGAAGUUGUUCAACACAUCUCUCUUCUUUUACUUUGCUUUGGAGGUCAGUACUUUUCUUCUAAUUCUUCGCUCUAUCGCUAAUAGAAGCCCCCCAAAAAUUGCAGUUACUGCCAGUUUCUAAGGAUUCUGCAAGGGUCCUGGUGAAUUGCCAAAUAAUAAUACGAAACUUUGGCCUGCAAUGUCAUGUUUAUUAGACAUUUGAUGUGGUUUGGCUGUCUGUAAUCUUUAAUUUGGUGAGCAUGUUGUUGUUACUCUUGUUAUUUUUUAAUAUGUUUGAUUUACCAUGUAAAAGGUGCUGGAUGUUCUUAAGUAGACCAGUAUCCGUCAGUUUUGCGCUAUUAUUAUUUUUUUUAGUGAAUUUGAAAGAGAUUAAAAGCAAUAUUGCAUACACUUUUUAUUUGUAA